UCAUUCAUUUUUCUUCGUUUUUUUAAAAAUAUAAUAUUAAUAAAAUGACUGGUAGAGGCAAAGGUGGAAAAGGUUUAGGAAAAGGAGGAGCUAAACGUCAUAGAAAAGUUCUUAGAGAUAAUAUCCAGGGAAUAACCAAACCAGCUAUCCGAAGAUUGGCCAGACGAGGUGGUGUCAAACGAAUUUCUGGACUCAUUUAUGAAGAAACUCGCGGCGUGCUAAAAGUUUUCCUAGAAAAUGUUAUCAGAGACGCCGUUACUUAUACUGAACACGCGAAGAGGAAGACGGUCACCGCCAUGGACGUUGUUUAUGCCCUGAAAAGACAAGGACGAACCCUUUAUGGUUUUGGCGGAUAAAAUAAAUCUUGCUCCCAAAGCAAAUAAUACCCAACAGCCCUUUUUAGGGCUACCAAUUUUAAAGGAAGUUAAAAAGUUGCUUAUGUAUAAAUUCUACCACUAUUCCGUAAAUUAUUGAUAGAUUCUAAUAAAGGUUUUGCUUCCAUGCUCCUUCAUUGAUUAUGAUUAUAUAGUUCGGUGAUUUAUCUAAAAGUGUAGAUCUCGUCUAUAAGGUAUUAUAUAGUUCGGUGAUUUAUCUAAAAGUGUAGGUCCCGUCUAUAAGGUAUUUUCAAUUAUUUCGACCGGUUUUAAUCUCAACCAUAGUUAUUUUUUAUAAUUCCUUCGUCCAAUAUUUAAAUUGAAAUAAUCAUUUUGUGUUUAUCGCGAAGAUUUUGAAAUAUUGCUUCGUUAAAUACACAUUUUGGUGAAUUUAUCUUAAAAUUUAAGAUUUAGCGCUAUUUUUAAAUUAUU